CAUUAUGAAAUUUAUUGCAGGAUUUUAUUGAUAAAAUGUAGUGAUAUGUAUCGUAAAUAGUGGUUUAACAUUUACUUUUGGAUAUAGCCACUGAAAACUUGGAAGAGUAUAGAAACCUUCACUCCCUUUAUAUUUUCAUUUGUAUACAUAAUAACUUUUACUGAUGUCGAAUUUCUCGGUCGGAGGUUUCAACGUAAACUUUAUCAAACAUCGAAUUUGUUAUAAAUUGUAUAAUGUAUUUUAUCGUAAGAAGUAUGAGUCUCUUUUCCUAAAUUCGAAAAAUUCUUUGUGGUCGAAAUUAUUGAGCUAUUUUGUUUUUGCUGUACCAGUUUACUAUUUCUGACACAUUAACACAAAAAAGUGUUGUUAUUAAGCAGCCUCGUUAUUAAAUUUAUUUGACUUUUAGAAGAAAGAUUUAUAUGUUCUUUAUUAAUUUAUUUUUAUAAUUAUUUAUAAUUUUUUUUGUUAAACCAUGGAUAUCGAUCCACCGAACCUUUGUUCUAAUUUGAAGAGAUCAAAUAGUGCACCUAUGAUCAACGAAUUGGGGACUACAUCAUCAAGCUCUCAAGAUCUUUUGCGCAAUCGUGGUAGUAGCACUCCACAGAGAGUUCCACGAAUGACUCAAACACGACGUUUCAGUGGUAGUUUCAGCCCUAGUCGAUCUUCACAUUCUCCAACUGCUCCUCUGUCACCUCUUGUUCUGAGUAGAGUCUCUCAGAUAAAACAAGAGGAGUCUAUGGACGUUGUAUUUCGAGAAGCUGCUCACGAAAGAGAGACUAAAUCGAAACUUCAGAUAUCACAUUCACUAGAAGAUCUCACACUUGAUGAAGCUUCUUUCAGUGAAAAUAAUAAGCGUUCUCAAUCUGUAACUGACCCUUUGAGAAUCCACACAUCUCAUAUAGUGAUGUGCAGUUCGCCCUCUCCCACAAACACAGGUCGUCAGUGCUUUUCUCCUUCCACUUGUCUCCCUGUGCAACAUAGUGCCUUUACUCCUAGUCCUAGCCCAACCAGAAAAAAUUUCACAAGGUGCAGUCAAAGUCCUAUAUCACUUAGGCCUAGUCAGUGGUCUUUGAAGAGGAAAUAUGAUAUGGACAGUGAUGACAGUGAUUACAUGCCGAGUAGUGCUAAACACUUUAAUGCUGGAAUGUCUUCUCCUGAGGCAGACUCGAGGCCAAAUCCUCCUCAUAUACAAAACUUAUCCUUCAAUUCAAUGGAUGCUUGUAAUAGUUCAGAUCAGAGUGAUACUCAAAGACAUUCUGAUUCUAUGUCAAGCUGUAUGAAUUCGCCUUAUGGCACAUUCAAACCUGUGGAUCCUGCUCCAACUAAUCAGAAAAAUUAUAACUGAAAUGGGAAAUGAGGAAAAGAGAUUUAAUGCACAAAAAUUAAAGUGCAAAAUUUUAUCCUUUAAGAAUACAUAACUACAGGCUGUAAAUGUGUGUAAUUUUGACUUGCAAUGUUUUUUGCUUGAAUUUGUAUGUUAUUCUAUGAGGAACUUUAAAUGGUAUUGUGAUAGUUUAGACUUCAGAAUUUAAUCUUCAUUUUGAAAAUCUGAAAAAAGAGUGUUUAAUACUGAGAAUGAUAUCAGACAUUCCAAUACCAGUCAUGUAAAGUAGUUGAGGUUUGAAAUGUUCAUGUGUUUAUUUCUGUACAUUAGGAGCAUUCAUCUGUUUAUUGCAUUACUAUUGCUAGUUGAAGCUUUAAUUAAAGAAGAUGAUUUUUUUUUUUUUAAUUCUUGUUUUGAAAAUUUUAUAUUUAAAAUUCUGUUGUGUGAUUGCCAUUAUUAAGGAUAUGGUUUUUAGAGAUCUGUGCAUAUAAUUAAUUGCUUUGUACCCCUACGAACAGAAUACAAACUGUAACUUGAGCAUAAUAGGAACAUAUUUCAGAAAGACUUUCAGGUGUAAAAAUUUCUGGCCAGGGAAGAAUUUUGGGCCAGAAUUAAAAAUUAUUUUACUAUAUGCCAGUAAAAGACUUUAUCUUAAGUAUAAUAGUGCUACUUAUCUUUAUUUAUAUGCAUUAUCAUAGUUUUACAAUUUAUUGUUUUUUCAUUCUUUCUAUGUGGUAGAGAUAUUAUACUAUAAAUUUAUGUGUGAUAAAACAGAUUAAGUGAUAAACACUAAUUAACAGACACACUUUAAGUGAUAAACACUAAUUGAUGACAUAUUAAAAAAAAAGUUUUUGACCUUCAGGAUAUCUUGAUGAAAUAUGUAAAUUUAUAAUUUCCUUUGUCAACUAAUAUAUUUUUAUUAAUUUUUUCUAAAGUUUAAGAAUUCAUCAAGUAUUAGCAUAUUUUCCCCUGUAGUUUACUUUUUAUUUAUUAAAUGAUUUUAUUCUAAUUAAAUUUGUCUUAUCAAAAAUUUCACAAUUUUGUAGCAAAUGAUCAAUUUUUUUAAAAACUUUAAAAGAAAGAGAGGAAAAGUUCUAAAUUUUUUACUGAUAGAAUAAAAGAGUUUAAAAGAAAAAGAUCCAUGAGACAAAAUUAUGAAUUUGAAUUCCCAUUUUAGAAAUCUUAAUGACUUCAGACAGACGUUUAUCUUUGGAGAAAUGAGAAAAAUAAAAUAAAAAGUGUUACUGUUAAUUAUAUGAAUGCUGUUAUGUUGUGCAUGAAUAUUAAAAAUGGUGGGCUAAUCUUUGGAAUAUGGUAACAGGUAGUUUGGCGACAUUUUGGUAAGGCGAUAAAGGUUACUAGCUAG